UAGCCACUACAGGUACAACAACUACAACAACUGCUCAAACAUCAACCACUACAGCUGUCUCAUCAACUACACCGUCUCCCACAACUGCAACAACAAACAUGGCAGGUGCCACAACAACCACAGUUGCUCCAACAUCAACAGCAGCAACCACAUCAACCACAUCACUUCCCACAACAACAACUACAACUGCCACAACAACCACACCUGCUCCAGCAACAAUUACAGCUGUAGCCACUACAGCUGAAACAACUACAAUGACAGCUCAAACAUCAACCACUACAGCUGUCUCAUCAACUACACCUGCUCCAACAGCUGCAACAACAAACACGGCAGGUGCCACAACAACCACAGUUGCUCCCACAACAACUGCAGCUGCCACAACAACCACAGAACAUGCCACAUCAACUACAUCUGCCAGCACAACAACUGCACCCACAUCAACCACUGAUACAGCCACAACAACUACAUCUGCAACAACUACAACAACAGCUCAAACACCAACCACUACAGCUGUCUCAUCAACUACACCAGCUCUGACAACAACAAAAACUGCAACAACAAACACAGCAGGUGCCGCAGCAACCACAUCUGCCACUACUACAACAACGGCUCAAACAUCAACCACUACAGCUUUCUCAUCAACUACACCUGCACCAACAACAACUGCAACAUCAACAACAACUGCAACAACAAACACGGCAGGUGUCACAGCAACCACAUCUGCCACUACAACAACCACAUCUGCUCCAACAACAACUACAGCUUCAACAACUACAACAAAAGCUCAAACAUCAACCACUACAACUGUCUCAUCAACCACACCUGCUCCAACAUCAAGAACUGCUGCAACAACAAACACUGCAGGUACCACAGAAAUCACGGUUCCUCCAACAACAAACUCGGCAGCUGCCACGUCAACCACAGCACUAACCCCAACUACUGCAGCCCCAACUGCAACUACAGACUCAACAGCAAAGCCUACAGCAAAUGAGGGAUCAGUGGAAUUAGGAUUUAGAAUGCUCCGUACAUUCAUGGAUGAUUAUUCCAACUCUUCUACCACAGCAUAUCAGGAACUGGCAGCAAAUGUUACUACGGAGAUUAAUCGUGGUUACAAAAUAUUAUACCCCUUAACUUACCUAAGGUCUAGGAUCCUGCAAUUCACGAGUGGCUCUGUUAUUGUCAACAUGACCCUUGUUUUUGUAAACCAGACAGUGGUUCCCAAUGUAACAAGUGUAAAGCAGGGAUUGGCCCUGUCUCUGGCUGAUGAACACACCUUCUUAAAUGUUGAUCCAACCUCCAUUAGUGCAUCCACAACAACUGCUACCAUCACAGCCUCAACUACAGCCCCAACUACAGCAGGUCCAGCCUCAGUGGCCAGUAACUCAGGAGUCAACACCUUGACAAUCAACAGGUGGAUUGCAAUUUGGCUACCCAUACUCUUUACUACGCUAACAAGAUGGUCUCUUGAAUUGUGAAUUAAAAGACAUUAACAGAGCAACAACACUAUUUAUAUUAAAGUGAAGACUAAUGGAAAUUGACAUAGAAAGUUGUACUGCCUGCCUUAUUUAUAAUUUUCCAGAGGAGAAAUCAAAAUUGUACAAUGUUUUUUUUCCAUUUUCUGAUUCCAAUUUUCUAUUCCCGGUGGUUCACUGAUGUGAUAUUAUAUGAAGCAAAUUGAGUAUGCUCAAACUAUAAUAACCUAUUUUUACAUGCUACUUAAUGCUAAUGCUGUUAAAACUGCUGGGCAGAUUACAGUAUCCUCUUUAGUACUUUGAUUAAGACAUGAUGUGUUGCACCAAUAAACUGUAUUUCAUAAUAUUUAACAAUACCCUAUUUAUAAAGUAACAUUUUUAUAUUGAACAG